AUGUCGUAUCCUCAAGUCUCUCCCCUCGAGUACUUCGAAGAAGAGGAGGGAUUGAAUGAAGAGUGCAAAACCCUGCUCUCCUCCCUUCCUAAAGAGAGAGGAUGGGCCUCCACUCAACUCUACCAAUACCAUGCCUUUUGGUACACCGCAAGGACACUCCAAGGAGUUCUCUCUUGCCAACAACACUUCCUAGCCACCCUAGUUGAUCUAUUUCUCAUCACUAGUCCCAAAUCUGGCACCACUUGGCUUAAGGCCUUGGCCUUCACCAUCAUCAACCUCAGCAAGUACUCCACUUUCCACCACCCACUCCUCACCCCUAACCCACAUGAACUGGUUCCUUACUUAGAGGUCAACCUCUUCAUGAACAACCAAAUCCCUGAUCUCACCUCCUUCUCCUCUCCCAGGCUCUUCUGUAGCCAUAUCCCCUAUGCAUCUCUCCCUAAUUCAAUACCCCAAUUGGGUUGCAAACUUGUUUAUCUUUGUAGGAACCCAAGAGACACCUUCAUCUCUCUUUGGCACUUCACAAACAGGUUGAGACCCAAGACAUUGGGAACCCUUUCACUGGAUGAAGAAUUUGAGAGGUUCUGUAAGGGUGUGUGUGUGAAUGGACCCUUUUGGGAUCAUGUCCUAGGGUACUGGAAAGAGAGCUUGGAGAGACCUGACACAGUUCUGUUCUUGAAGUUUGAAGAGUUGAAGGUACAGCCCAAUGUCCAGUUGAGAAGGAUCGCUAAGUUCUUGGGUUAUCCAUUUUCUGAGGAGAAGGAAGGGGUGGUGGAGGAGAUAUUGAGGUUGUGUAGUUUCGAUCAUUUGAGCAACUUGGACGUGAACAAGAAUGGGAAGACAGUGUUUGGGGUUGAACACAAUGCGUUCUUCAGGCGAGGUGAAGUGGGAUAUUGGGAUAAUCAUCUUAUACCAGAGAUGAUACAGCAGUUUGAACUGUUUGUGGAAUAUAAAUUUUAUCGCUCUGGUCUAACGUUUUAG